AUGGAUGAGCAAACCAAUGAUCAAGUUCAAGCAGUUCGUCAAGACGUUGAAGGUCUGAAGGAUCAAUUGGCAAAAAUCCUAGAAUUGCUCACCACCGGAAGAGGAAAGAGUGUUGCGGGGACUUCAUCACAAGUGGAAGUGGAUCUGAAUCAGGUACUGGAGGACAUGCCUGCAUAUCCUCCGGGUUUCACUCCUCAAAGGUCAUCUAGUCCACGCAUGGGGGAUAUAACAUAUCCUACAUCAUUUCCCGCGCCAAAUCCUAACACAACCACCCAACAAGCAGCUCAUGCAAACAAUCCUAUAUCUACUCCAAUUAUGGAAGGUAGUAAGAAAAUUUCAGAAGAGCAGGGUAGUAGGAGAAGACUGGAAUUUCUAGAAGAAAGACUGCGCGUCAUUGAAGGUGCAGACAUGUACGGGAGUAUCGACGCAACACAACUAUGUUUGAUAUCAGAUGUGGUGAUCCCUCCCAAAUUCAAGACUCCAGAUUUUGAGAAAUACAAUGGAACCUCAUGUCCAAAAAGCCACCUAGUUAUGUACUGUCGGAAAAUGUCAGCUUAUGCUCAUGAUGAUAAAUUGUUGAUUCAUUGCUUCCAAGACAGCUUAGUUGGCCCGGCUUCUCGUUGGUACAUGCAAUUGGAUGGUUCACAAGUGCAUAGGUGGAAGGAUCUUGCUGAUUCUUUUUUAAAACAAUAUAAGUACAACAUUGAUAUGGCGCCCGAUCGUCUAGACCUUUAGAGAAUGGAAAUAAAGAAUGUUGAAACUUUUAAGGAAUAUGCACAGCGAUGGAGAGAGUUAGCUGCACAAGUGCAACCUCCCCUGACUGACAAAGAAUUGACAGCUAUGUUCAUAAACACUCUUCGGGCCCCAUACUAUGAUAGAAUGGUUGGAAGUGCUUCAACUAAUUUCUCGGACGUCAUAAUCAUUGGGGAAAGGAUUGAAUUUGGAGUGAAGAAUGGAAGGAUCUCUGAUCCCGCUUCAGAAACAAGAAGAGUGAUGACCCCAAAGAAAAAAGAAGGAGAAGUACACGAGUUGAGUUCGACUCAAAGAGUAGCAACACGUGUAUCCUCACCAAUUGUGGGGCAGACAAAUUUCUCUCCUAGUUAUCAGAAUGGAGGUCAAAGCCCAUUUGGUCAGUCAACUCAGAGAAAUAUAAGGAACAAUUGGAAGCAAACCCGUUUUGAUCCUAUACCUAUGUCGUACACGGAACUUUUGCCUCAACUUAUAAAGAGUCAUCAAGUGGCUAUUGUACCACAAGAGCCUCUGCAACCACCAUAUCCUAAGUGGUAUGACCCCAACGCAAAAUGUGAAUAUCAUGCUGGGGCAGUUGGGCAUUCUACGGAGAAUUGUUUUCCUUUGAAAGCUAAAGUGCAAAGUCUAGUUAAAGCCGGUUGGUUAAGGUUCAAGAAGACAGGGGAAGAGCCUGAUGUCAACCAGAACCCUUUACCAAAUCAUGAGGGUCCCUCCAUAAAUGCAGUUGACACGUUCAUGCAAAGACAUAAGAAUAAGGUGAGCGAUGUAGCUACUUCAAUGAAAACGCUUUUCCAAAUCCUCCAUGGAUCUGGAUAUUUGUCACCAAGGUUUAACAAUGAUGAUAGAAAGAAGAUUGGAUGCACCAACAAUGAGCAGUGUUUAUUCCAUCCAGAGACAAAUGACCAUUCCAUUGAGGACUGUUGUGAGUUCAAGAAUGAGGUGCAAAAGCUGAUGAACUCAAAGAUUCUCUUGAUAGGACAGAUGAGCAUGCAGGAAAUCGAGGUUAAUAUGAUCACUAAUGCUUCAUCUAAUGAGAAAACUUCAAAUGAGACGACAUUUAUGUGGAAACCAUUAGUCAUUCAUUACGAAGAGAAGUCGAGUAUUAUGUCUUAUAUCCAAAAACCUAAAGCAAUGACAGUUGAAAUACCAGGUCCUUUUGCUUAUAAGGAUAACCAUGCCGUUCCAUGGAAAUAUGAAUGUCAGUUCAUCACGGACAAUGUCGUUUCUGCAACAGUCGGAGGAAUAACGCGUAGUGGAAGGUGUUAUACACUAGAUAAUUUAAAAGAUGUCUCUAAGGAGGAUGAAGUUCGACGACGUAAAGGAAAAGCUAUAGAAAUGGCAUGUGAAGAUGAUCUAAAUGAUCUGAGCAAGGUUUUUACUGAAAAGAACACAUUAGUUGAGAAAGAGACAGAUCACGAAGUUGUCUCCAAAGAAGAAGCCUGUGAAUUUUUGAAGUUAAUUAAGCAGAGUGAAUAUAAAGUGAUUGAACAAUUACAUCGUACCUCUGCUCGUAUAUCGAUGUUGUCAUUAUUCAUGUACUCUGAACCGCAUCGUAAGGUUUUGUUGGAUAUCUUAAAUAGAGCCCAUGUAGGACAUGAUAUUUCAGUGAAUGCACUUAGUGAAAUCGUGGAAAAUAUAACUGCUACAAAUUGCAUUUCCUUUACAGAUGAAGAAAUUCCCCCUGAAGGUACUGGACAUACUAAGGCAUUACACAUAUCUGUGAAGUGUAAGGACCAUCACGUGGCGAGGGUUCUGGUAGAUAAUGGUUCAUCUUUAAAUAUAAUGUCGAGAUCCACGUUGAUGAAACUCCCCAUAGAUCCAUCGUACCUAAGACCAAGUACUAUGGUUGUAAGAGCCUUUGACGGUGCACGUAGAGAAGUAAUCGAGGAUAUAGAUAUCCCAUUAAAAAUUGGGCCUUCCACUUUCAACAUUUCAUUCCAAGUAAUGGAUAUAAAUUCCUCAUACAGUUGUCUACUGGGACGACCUUGGAUUCAUUCAGUAGGGGCAGUCCCAUCUUCACUACACCAAAGGUUGAAAUUUAGUGUAGAAGGUGGUCAAGCUAUUGUUUAUGGAGAAGAGGACAUGUUUGUAACAAAAACAUCAGUACUUCCUUAUGUUGAAGCAACGGAAGAAGCUCUGGAAUGUUCUUAUAGAUCGUUUGAAAUUGCUAAUGCUACUAUAUUUCCGACAGAAGAUUUGAGCAUGGACCGUUAUGUGUCUAAGACAUCUCUAAUGAUUGCAAAGACAAUGAUCAAAAGUGUUGUCUCCGAGAAUACUAGUCCGCCUCAUCCUUUGGUUCAUAAGUGUCCGCCAGGAUUUGAGUUGAACAAUUGGGAGAUCAAGAAGACAUUGAAAGUCACUAAGGGAUCGCAAAAGAACACCAGAGUGGAAGGUGACGUUGAUGACGCUGUUGAUUUCGAAGUUCCAAUUUGUAAUCUUGAGCAAAAUAUUGGAGAGGGUGAAUCUGAUAUAUCACCUGAAUUACUAAGAUUGAUAGAGCAAGAAGAAAAGAAGACUAUGCCAUAUCAAGAAACUUUGAAGGUUAUUAAUUUGGGAACACCGGAAGAAGUGAAAGAAGUGCGAAUUGGCACUUUGGCCUCGGAGCAAGAUCAAUCAGAGCUGGUGGCCCUACUUCACGAGUUUAAAGAUAUAUUUGCAUGGUCUUACCAGGAUAUGCCCGGUUUGGAUACAGAAAUUGUAACACAUCAAUUACCACUCAAACCAGAAUGUAAGCUUAUACGGCAAAAGCUUCGCAAAUUGAAACCUAAAACGUUGAUAAAGAUCAAGGAGGAAGUUAAAAAGCAGUUUGAUGCUGGAUUCUUAGCAGUAGCAAAAUACCCAAUUUGGGUUGCAAAUAUUGUCCCAGUUCCAAAGAAAGACGGGAAGGUUAGAAUGUGCGUAGACUAUAGAGAUCUUAAUCGAGCAAGUCCUAAAGACAACUUUCCUCUUCCUCACAUCGACGUGUUGGUAGAUAAUGCCGGUUUUUCCACCUUCUCAUUUAUGGAUGGAUUUUCAGGAUACAACCAGAUCAAAAUGGCUCCAGAAGAUCAAGAAAAAACGACAUUCAUCACCUUGUGGGGAACGUUCUGCUAUAAAGUAAUGCGUUUUGGGUUAAAAAAUGCAGGAGCAAUUUAUCAGAGAGCGAUGGUUACAUUAUUCCAUGACUUGAUGCAUAAAGAAAUUGAAGUUUAUGUUGAUGAUAUGAUUGCCAAGUCCAGACUCGAAGAAAAGCAUGUGGUUACCCUUCGUAAGCUUUUUGAACGUUUGCGAAAGUUCCAAUUAAAGUUGAAUCCAGCAAAAUGCAUAUUUGGAGUUGCUUCUGGGAAGUUAUUGGGUUUCAUUGUUAGUCGUGAAGGCAUCAAGGUGGACCCAGACAAAAUCAAGGCUAUAGUUGACUUAAGGCCACCAAAAACACAAAAGGAGGUUAGAAGUUUUUUAGGAAGGUUGAAUUACAUUGCAAGAUUUAUUUCAUACCUUACUCAAACUUGUGAGCCAAUUUUAAAAUUGCUUCGAAAAAAUGAGAUUUGUCAUUGGAAUGAAGAUUGCCAAAAAGCUUUUGACAAGAUCAAAGACUACUUGCAAAGCCCUCCUAUCCUCGUUCCGCCAACUCCAGGACGACCUUUGAUCUUAUACUUGACAGUGAAGGAGGGGUCAAUGGGAUGUGUGCUGGGACAACAUGACUCUACUGGAAAGAAAGAGCAAGCUGUCUAUUAUUUGAGCAAGAAGUUCACGAAUUAUGAAUCAAAAUACUCAUUGUUGGAAAAAACAUGUUGUGCUUUAGCAUGGACGACUCAAAGAUUAAGACAGUAUAUGUUAUACUAUACUACAUGGCUUAUUUCAAAAAUGGAUCCUAUAAAAUACAUUUUUUAAAAGCCAUCCUUAUCAGGAAGGAUAGCUAAGUGGCAAGUGUUGUUAUCAGAGUUUGAUAUCGUUUACAUUACUAGAAAGGCCAUAAAGGGUAGUGUGAUUGCUGAUUGCUUAACGGAGUUACCAAUUGAGGACUAUGAGCCCAUGAAGUUUGAUUUUCCAGAUGAAGAUAUCAUGGCAUUAGUAAAUACAUCAUCGAAUACAUGGACAAUGAUGUUUGAUGGAGCCACGAACGAAAUAGGGCACGGUGUGGGAGCAAUUUUGAUGUCCCCCGAUGGGAAGUGGUACCCUUUAACUGCUAAGUUAUAUUUCGAUUGCACCAAUAACAUGGCUGAGUAUGAGGCAUGUAGUAUGGGAGUGCGAAUGGCAUACGAGAUGAAAGUAAAAAAAUUACGAGUCCUUGGGGACUCCCUGUUGGUUGUACAUCAGCUGAAUGGGGAAUGGGAGACAAGGGAUGCUAAAUUGAUCCCUUAUAACGAUUAUAUUCGCACAAUAGCGCAAACUUUUUAUUCAAUAACUUUUGAACACGUCCCACGCGAAAGCAAUCAGGUUGCAGAUGCAUUAGCCACUUUUUCUGCCAUGUUUAAUGUAGCUUACAGUGAAGAAGUUCAACCCAUAAGGAUGGAGAAGUAUAAGACACCAUCCUAUUGUAUGAGCCUCGAGCGGGAACCUGACGGUAAAUCUUGGUAUCAUGAUAUUAAGCACUACAUCGCAUAUCGGGAGUAUCCACCAGGGGCAUCGGAAAAUAGUAAGCGCACCAUUAGGAGGUUAGCCAUGAAGUUCUUUCUAAGUGGUGAAGUAUUAUACAAAAGAAAUUAUGAUAUGACUCUACUGCGAUGCGUUGAUGCUUUGGAAGCCAAAAUUUUUUUGGAAGAAAUUCAUGAAGGAGUGUGUGGGACGCAUGCGAAUGGACACAUGAUGGCGAGGCAAAUUUUACGUGCUGGUUAUUUUUGGUUGACCAUGGAGUCAGACUGCAUCAAAUAUGUGAGAAGAUGCCAUAAAUGUCAAAUAUACGCAGAUAAAGUGCAUGCUCCAGCCUCUCCAUUGCAUGUGUUGACGGCUCCAUGGCCUUUCUCCAUGUGGGGCUUGGAUGUAAUUGGACCCAUUGAGCGAAAGGCAUCAAAUGGCCAUCGAUUCAUUUUGGUAGCCAUAGAUUAUUUCACGAAAUGGGUAGAGGCUGCUUCCUACAAAAGUGUCACCAAGCAGGCCGUUGUCAAGUAUGGUUUACCUUAGCGUAUCAUUACCGAUAAUGGAAAAAACCUGAAUAAUAAAUUAAUGGAGGAGUUAUGCAAUCAGUUCAAGGUUAAACACUCUAAUUCCACUCCUUAUCGCCCUAAGAUGAAUGGGGCAGUGGAAGCAGCAAAUAAAAAUAUCAAAAGAAUUCUCGAAAAAAUGUCGGUCACUUAUAGAGAUUGGCAUGAAAUGCUACCUUUCGCAUUGCAUGGAUAUAGAAUAUCAGUCCGCACGUCAACAGGGUCAACCCCUUUUUCACUAGUGUAUGGUUUCGAAGCAGUUUUACCUGUUGAAGUUGAGGUGCCAUCCCUUAGGGUAAUCCAAGAGUUAAAACUAGAUGAAGCAAAGUGGGCUCAAGUAAGGUACGAGCAAUUGAAUUUCAUAGAAGAAAGGAGACUGACUGCAUUAUGUAGAGGACAGUUAUACUAAAAGAAAAUAGCACGAGCGUAUAAAAAAAAAGUUCGACAUCGCCAUUUCCAAGAAGGAAAUCUAGUGUUAAAAAGGAUCCUGCCUUUUCAAAAGGAUCAUAGAGGAAAAUGGACUCCUAAUUACGAGGGACCAUAUAUAGUAAAAAGGGUUUUCUCGGGAGGAGCUUUAAUUUUGACAAAUAUGGACGGAGAUGACUUGCCUAACCCAAUAAGUGCAGACUAUGUGAAGAAAUACUAUGCAUAA